AGAUCGUGUUUGCGGUCGCUGCCCGAGGAGGAAUUCGGAGGAGGCGCGAGGCCCGGUGCUCGCGCCGCGCCCGGGAGCCCGGGAAAGAGGCCGCCGGCGGCGGCGGCGGCGGCAUGAGGCAGGCGAUGCGGCGCCUGUGAGCAGCGCGCGGCAGCGGCGGGGAACCUCAGCGCGCGGAGAGCCGAGCGGCCGGGGGCUCCCCUCCCCCGCUGCCGGGCGGUGAUUUGCCGGGCCUGCUGCGCCCCCCGCCCACCCCUCGCCCCAGCGGCCGCCUCGCUGCUUCCCUUCGUCGGAGCGGCCGCUCGUCCGCCCGCCCGCCCGGCUCGAGGCCCGCGGGGAGCGCGGCGCAGUCUGCUGGCCCGCGGGGGGGCGGCCUCCCGGCAUCUUCGCGGCGCCCAAGGACGACCAGGAAGGGGAGCGGCCGGGAUGGCGCGUCCGCGGCCCCGCGAGUACAAGGCGGGCGACCUGGUCUUCGCCAAGAUGAAGGGCUACCCGCACUGGCCGGCCCGGAUUGAUGAACUCCCAGAGGGAGCUGUGAAGCCUCCAGCAAAUAAGUAUCCUAUCUUCUUUUUUGGCACCCAUGAAACUGCAUUUCUAGGUCCCAAAGACCUUUUCCCUUAUAAGGAAUACAAAGACAAGUUUGGAAAGUCAAACAAACGGAAAGGAUUUAAUGAAGGAUUGUGGGAAAUAGAAAAUAACCCAGGAGUAAAGUUUACUGGAUACCAGGCAAUUCAGCAACAGAGCUCUUCAGAAACCGAGGGAGAAGGCGGGAAUACUGCAGAUGCAAGCAGUGAGGAAGAAGGUGAUAGAGUAGAAGAAGAUGGAAAAGGCAAAAGAAAGAAUGAAAAAGCAGGCUCAAAACGGAAAAAGUCAUACACUUCAAAGAAAUCCUCUAAACAGUCCCGGAAAUCUCCAGGAGAUGAAGAUGACAAGGACUGCAAAGAAGAAGAAAAUAAAAGCAGCUCUGAGGGUGGAGAUGCCGGCAAUGACACAAGAAACACAACUUCAGACUUGCAAAAAACCAGUGAAGGGGAACAAAGGCGGCUAAGAAAUGUACUUCUGCCAUCUUGAGUGGAUGACCUAACUACCAUAAUGAAUGCUGCAUAUUAAGAAAACCACAAGAAGGUUAUACGUUUGGUUGUCUAAUAUUCUUGGAUUUGAUAUGAACCAACACAUAGUCCUUGUUGUCAUUGACAGAACCCCAGUUUGUAUGUACAUUAUUCACAUUCCUCUCUGUUGUGUUUAGGGGAAAAAAGACAUUUUAGCCUUUUUUAAGGUUAUUGAUUUAAUUUCAUGUUAUUUGGUUGCAUGAAGUUGCCCUUAACCACUAAGGAUUAUCCAGAUUUUUGCACAAGCUUAUACAAGUCUAGGAUCCUUUAUCAAGGCAGUUAUGUUCAUCAGUCUCCUGCCUUUACUCCACCAUCACCAAACACUCAGUUAAAUAUAAAUUAGCAUUUUUUAAAAUGACCACUCAACAUAAUGCUUAAGGGAUUUCCUCUCUGUGACAGAACCCAGGAACCAAUUCCUAGAUACACAAUGUUGGCAUAUUGAAGAUAAACUUAAAAUUGUUCUUCAGUUUUGAGGCCAUGUGUAAAGUUUAAUCAUAUUGUAAAAUAUCUAUUCCGUAUUAGAAAUAGCUAGUUGACAGCUUAUACUUCUCAAAACUCAUGUUGUUAACGUACACAAACUCAGUUUCUAUAUGUGAAGUUAGUUAGUCUUUUGUGUUACUCCAAAAUAAAGGCAAUGAUUUAUUUUUUCCCAAUCUCAGUACAAUUUGAGCUAAUCACUCAAGCUGGAUUCUUUACAUUUUAAAGCUGGAAUCAGCAGUAGCCCUAUGGGAAGUAAGACAAAGCAUU